GUCUCACUCGGCUCGGACGUUGGAUUUAACGUUGCGUUUUUUUCGUAGCUUUUGUGACACAUUGGUUGGACGGUCAAAAUGGCGCCAGCUCAAACAGAGUUUUUAACAAUAUCCCAAAUGAAACAACUGACUAAAGAUGACCUGAUUAUCGUGGUUCUGGAUUGCUUUCAAAGGUUGAAAGAGAAACCUAAAAAGCACAGUAAAGAGGCCGCACUGGAGAAAGAGUUGAAGUCGGCACAUGAGAAAAAUGAGGUUCUAAAGGAGAAAAUUGAUGCCCUCAGCAAAGAGCUAAACUCGGCUCUCAGACUAAACCGGAGCCUGGAGCGUCAGAAGAUCCCACAGAUGAAACAAGAGCUGGAGAACGAGAGUUCCCAAAAGAAUCAGUUGUUGUCUGAGGUGAAGCACUACAAACAGAAAGUCAAGCAGCUUAAAGCCUCUUUAAAAAGUCUGGAGAGUAACUCACAAGUCCAGGUGAACAAGAUUUUGAAAGAAAAAGCCCAAGUGGUGUCUACCAGCACAGCAGACCAAGCGACGACUGAAAGGCUUCAAAAAGAAGUGAAGAGACUUGAGUCUGAGCUUUCCCAAAAGAUUGAAAAAAUAUCAAGAGAAAAGCACAAGUCCGAACGUCUCCAGGACAGGAUAGGUGUUCUGGAAAAGCAGUUGGAAGAGGUAGAGAAGGAAAAUGAAAUUCUUUUGGGAAAACUUUCAAAAAGUUCAAAAGCGGAAGAAGAUCAAAUCAAGUACGAGACUGCGGCAAAGCUCAAGUUAUACGACGACAUGUUAUUAGAAGAAGACCGCAAGGUGCGUAAGCUCUUGGCGGAGCAGUCUGAGAUUAACUUCAAGCUGUUAGCCUUACAACAACAGCGAGAGGCCGUGGUUGUGAAGAAAAGUUUUGUGCUGGAGAGAGAAAUGAAAUCCUUAAAAUGUGAGAUAAAGACACUAACUGAAAACAGGGAGAAGGAUCAAGAACACAUUCAGGAAAUCACCGAACAACUGCUUAAGGCAAAAGCAAAGCUCUCAGAAAACAAGCUGAAAUAUAGGAAUUUGAAAGAAUUCAUACAGAGCAAAGAGGCUAAGGCAGAACAUGAUAUUGCAGCGGAAGGACCUGAAAAUGAAAGCGAACUUGAAGCACAAACCAACGAUGAGCAAGUCGGUUUUCAACCACCCGAUGGAGAAUCAAACCUCCAGACGCCCGAAACGCAGUCAAGUCAUUGUAGAAGAACUUUGCCUCUGGGGGAAGCCAAGUUACUGCCAGAUUUUAAAGAAGAGCACCUCACAGAACAAGACAAGUCAAAACAAGUUAACCCAGUGCCCCCUACCACAAAAAAGCCUGAAAGGCCACCAUUUAAACCGGCAGGCAGGAGGCUUUAUAUCAGUGAACCCGAGCAGAGAAAGGACAGCGGUCCACCCUGCAGGCGUACCACAGCUGAAGAGAAGCACGAAGCUCUCUCAUUAAAGGUUGCUCUGCAGUUUCCCGAUGAGCUGCUGGUCGACUCGGCCGCUGUGGCUGCAGAGAUUGAGACGACCAGUGGAGCCAAAACCUUUAUUCUGGGAGACACCUCCUAUGGCAGCUGCUGUGUUGACGAGGUAGCAGCAGAACACGUUGGAGCCGACUGCAUCAUUCACUACGGCAACGCCUGCCUCAGCCCGUCCAAACGGCUUCCUGUCAUGUACGUCUUUGAGAAACGGACCCUGGAUGUGGAGAAGUGCGCCGCCUCUUUCAGGGACCUUUACGCGGACACACAGACACACAUCCUCCUCCUUUUUGACGUAAACUACGAUCACGCUAUCGGUGAUCUUUUGACGCUCCUCUCACCAGAGUAUCCAAACCUUGUAGUCACUGAGCUUGCUGUUGAAGGGGAUAACUGUUACAGUCAUGGACCGAUCGACGUCGAAACCCGUCCAUCUGAGGAUGACAACAGCCAGACCAUUUGUCAAUUCGGACGAUGGUUCUCCUUAAAAAGUGGCUCAUCUCUAACGGAUUACCAUAUGUUCUACGUAGGCCAGGAGGGAGCCACGUUACGAAACUUCAUGAUGACCUGGAAUCGCAGCUUAUUUUGUUCUUUCGAUCCUGUAUCGAUGACGGGAAGGCCUGAGUCUGUGAACGUCAACCGUGCUCUCAUGAAACGCUACUAUGCCAUCGAAAGGGCCAAAGACGCCAACGUGGUUGGCAUCCUUGUUGGCACCCUGGGUGUGGCCGACUACCUCUCCAUCAUCCAGCAACUCAAAGAGACUCUUCACAGAGCCGGCAAGAAGAGCUACAUGUUUGCAAUGGGGAAGCUCAACGUUCCCAAACUGGCGAACUUUCUGGAGAUCGACAUCUUCGUGCUAAUCGCGUGUCCCGAGAACUCGCUGCUAGACUCCAGCGAGUUCUACAAGCCCGUGGUGACGCCGUUCGAGAUGGAGGUGGCGUGCAACAGGAAGAGGGAGUGGUCUGAGGAAUACGUCACGGAUUUUCGACAUCUUCUUCCAGGUGGACAGAGUCACGUGCCGAUGGCCGAUCAGCAGGAAGGCGACGACGAAACCGACGUGUCGUUGAUAACCGGAGAGCUGCGGAGUCGGAGCCUGCCGAGCCGUGAGCCCGCGGACUCCUCCUUCGGGUCUUCUGUGGUGCUGAGGAACCAGAAUACGACUGUCGCCGACGUGAACUCAGCAGCGUCUUUCCUGGCAGGUCGAAGCUGGCGAGGCCUGGAGCAGAAGCUGGGGGAAACUCCUGUAGGAAAGGCAGUGCAGGGCAGGAGAGGCAUAGCCAUCGCCUAUGAAGACGAAGGAGCGUCUUGACGAUGCCACGAUUUAUUGAUUUUCGAAUGGACUCCGCAUAAAUCCAUACAAAUAUAUUACUAGGAGACAAAUGUUUGUGAUUUUUGGGAAAUAUCACCCAGCAUCACUUUAUAGUUCAGCAAUAUUUAAUGAAUACCUGAAUGUAACUCAAAUCACGGAUUACAAUUAUUUCUUAUUUUCUGCCUUGUGUACAAUUGAAAAUACAAAUUUCAGUUUGCAUGAA